AUGCUAAUAUCUCCUCGCUACGUCUGCGCAGACCAUCCCCUCGUCCCGCUCAAUCUCCUCGUCUUCGCGCUAGAAGUCGCCAUCACGACGCUCACGUGCCUCGCGGACAUUUCUUCGUGGACGACGUACACUUCGGCGCAGAAGAAUGAUUUGUACGGGCUUUAUGUGCCGUAUCUGAUACUCGCCUGCCUCAUGGGCAUCGACGCGUUCAUGCGAGUCAGACGCCAGGUUCUUCACGGGCUCAUCCAAUCAAAGGGCAAGGCGGCGUGA